UGUUGUUGUGAUCAGCUCUGUUGUGAUCAGCUCUGUUGUGAUCAGCUCUGUUGUUGUGAUCAGCUCUGUUGUGAUCAGCUCUGUUGUGAUCAGCUCUGUUGUUGUGAUCAGCUCUGUUGUUGUGAUCAGCUCUGUUGUGAUCAGCUCUGUUGUUGUGAUCAGCUCUGUUGUUGUGAUCAGCUCUGUUGUGAUCAGCUCUGUUGUUGUGAUCAGCUCUGUUGUUGUGAUCAGCUCUGUUGUGAUCAGCUCUGUUGUUGUGAUCAGCUCUGUUGUUGUGAUCAGCUCUGUUGUUGUGAUCAACUCUGCUGGUGCUUAGCGCUUCUGGUGAUUAGCUCUGCGGGUGAUCAACUCUGCUGUUGAUCAGCUCUUCUGGUAAUCAGCUCUGCCAGUGAUCAGCUCUGUCACAAUAAUCAGCUCUGCCGGUUAUCAGGUAAGGCUGAGAUCUUCUGUACCCCUGGAAAUAAAGCAGUCUUUAUUCUUCUCUUCGAAUAUUUCAAACACAUUUCUACAAACAUCUGUAAAGAAAAAAACAUCUGUAAAAAUGUUCUCUGCACUACCUUGGAUUCUGAUGAUUGAUCGAGUCGGAUUCAGAAGUUUGAGCGAGUUGAAUUUGGAUGAUUGAGCAAGUCGGAUUCAGAAGUGUCAGCGAGUCGGAUGAUUGAGCGAGUCGGAUUCAGAAGUUGGAGCGAGUCGGGUUCACAAAUUUGAGCAAAUUGGAUACUGAGGUUUGAGCGAGUCGGAUUGAGAAGUUUGAGCGAGUCGGAUUCUGAGGUUUGAGUGAGUUAGAUUUAGAAGUUUGAGUGAGUUGGAUUCAGAAGUUUGAGCGAGUCGGGUUCAGAAAUUUGAGCAAAUUGGAUUCUGAGGUUUGAGCGAGUCGGAUUCUGAGGUUUGAGUGAGUCGGAUUCUGAGGUUUGAGCGAGUCGGAUUCUGAGGUUUGAGUGAGUCGGAUUCUGAGGUUUGAGCAAGUAGGAUUCUGAGGUUUGAGUGAGUCGAAUUCUGAGGUUUGAGCAAGUAGGAUUCUGAGGUUUGAGCGAGACGGAUAUGGAUGUUUGAGCGGUCGGAUAUGGAAGAUUGAGUGAGUCGGAUUCAGAUGAUUGAGCGAGUCGGAUUCAGAAAUUUUAGUGAGUCGGAUUCAGAAGUUUGAGUGAGUCUGAUUCAGAAGUUUAAGCGAGUCGGUUCUGAGCUUUGAGUGAGUCAGAUUUGGAUGAUUGAGCGAGUCAGAUUCAGAAGUUUCAGCGAGUUGAAUUCAGAUGUUUGAGUGAGUCAGAUUUGGAUGAUUGAGUGAGUCGGAUUCAGAGGUUUGAGCGAGUCAGAUUCGGAGGUUUGAGCCACUUCAGUGUUUUGGAUUUGACCUGAUGCAGAAAGUAAUGGAGGGAAAGUAGGAUGGUUUUGAAAUUUAGUGAACAAAAGAAGCAAAGCAGAAAUGAAAUGAAGUGGCCCAGGGGCAUAAUCUCAAUUAUAAUAACGUAAUUAGGUCAGGCUAUGAAACUGCUGGACAGUACAGAAACGUGACAUCACAUGACGUCACCCAGAGGCUCAAGAGACCGAGGAAUGAUGAGGUUCAGAUUCCUGGUGCUGGUAGGAGCAGGUUUCUGGAGGAUAAUGAGUGAUGUUCCAGAGGCUGGGAGGUGAGGAGAUGCCGGAGUAAAGAGGAGGUUUUUGUGACAGGACAAAGUGGCGGGCGAGUCCGGGUAAUCCUCACGUCACCGCCUGUUAUCAAAAAAAAUUUUUGAGUGCGAAGAAGUCAGAUGGCUUUAAGAUAAACACAGCGAGGCGGGAGUGCUGCGUGAGGCAGUCAGACCUCGAAUACCACGCGCUCUCUGAGUCAUACGCUGCGAGUGGGACGGAAAUCCAAGGUGCAGCAAACAUAAAACACCAGGUAGAGCCGAGGGAUCCGGCGACUUCGGCCUCGGGAAUUCCACAAGAGUUACCGGAAAUCUGACAUGAGCAAACGGGCGAGGAUCCGGAGAGAACGAAAGGAAGGAAGAAAGGCGAGACCAUGUCACUGUGUGUGUGUGUUUGGUGUGUGUGUGUUUGGUGUGUGUGUGUUUGAAUGAGGCCACUGCCACACAUACACACACACACACACACAUUGACAGACAAACUGAGUCAGCAGCCACAUUCCUGUGGAGUCAAGCACUAGCUUUACACCCAUCCUCACACACACACACACACACACACAGUUUGUCUUACUAUCCUUAUAAGGACUUUCCACCAUUGACAUAAUCGCUAACGCUUAGCUGCACCUACACCUAAACCUUAACCUUCACCUCAUUCACAUUCACCUUGAAAGGAGAACUUUCAGCUAUUUAUUUAUUUUUAUUUAUUUAUUUAUUUAUUUACUUUUUUUAAGGGGGGGGGGCAACCACAUGCCCCCCCGACACACACAUAUAUCAACCGAGAUGCUCCUUUUUUUUAGCUUCUUAUCUACUUUUUAGAAUCUGUUCUGAGUUAUUCAGGUGAAAAAAUUUUAUUAUUAUUUUUGUAAUGAAAAAGUUAGCGCUAACGUAACUUUGCUAACAUAGUGACCUACAAAUCAAUCCGGAGGAACAGUGACACGGACGGAGGGGAAAAAAAGGCAGAUAAAAGGACAGAUAAGGGAGUGUUGUUUUCUUCUUAGCAACCAAAUGCUUGUCUGUGCAUUCCCACAACAUCACGCUCGAUCCUUUUAAUCUCGCUAAUCCGGCUGUCAACGGCCUAAUCUGCACCAUAAUCUCAGCUUAAGCCAUUGUCUAAUAUAUAAAUACCCCAAUACUCGGAGGAUACACAAAUAAUGGCUGCUGGGAAAGACCACCCCUGUAAGAGUAGCCCUGUGAAAUGGACCAAUCGGGUGCCAGAGGGUUGUUUGUGAAAACGCUGGUCGUGGGCUUCAGGGUGCAGAGAGAAGCUGUGAGUCAUGGCUGUGCAUGCCGGCGCUGGAGAACGUCAGAACAUGACGGGUAAAACCGCCGGCCUGCUAACAGCUCGGGGAUGAGGGGGACGAGGACGAGGGGGAUGAGGACAAUUGAGGACAAAGUGGUUAUUCUGAGAAUUUUUCCACCAUCAUCAGGAGAGACGGGGUGAAGAGCAUCGAUGUGCAGAGACGUAAAAUCAAACAUACAGCAACGCCUCGGCUACUCGUGCAGCCAAAUACACAGAGUCUGUUCUGAAAGAUUCGCUGCCUGUCUAUCUGUCUCUCUGUCUGUCUGUCUACCUGUCUGCCGCUCUGUCAGUCUGCAUGUCUCUCUGUCUGUCUGUCUGCAUGUCUGUGUGCCUGUCUCUUUCUCUCUGUCUCUAUGUCCCUCUGUCUGCAUGUCGCUCUGUCUGUCUGCAUGUCUGUCUCUCUGUCUGCCUGUCUCUUUCUCUCAGUCUGUAUGUCCCUCUGUCUGUAUGUCUCUCUGUCUGCCUCUCUUUCUGUCUACCUGCCUGUCUGUCUCUCUCUCUCUGUCUGUCUGUAUGUCUCUCUGUCUGUCUGUCUGCCUGUCUGUCGCUCUGUCUGCAUGUCUGUAUGUUUCUCUGUCUGCCUCUCUGUCUGUCUGCCUGCCUGUCUCUUUCUCUCUGUCUUUCUGUCUGCCUGCCUGUCUGACUCUCUCUGUCUGCAUGUCUGUCUGUCUCUCUCUCUCUCUCUCUCUCUCUCUCUGUCUGUCUGUCUGUCUGCAUGUCUGUCUCUCUGUCUGCAUGUCUGUAUGUCUCUCUGUCUGCCUGUCUCUUUCUCUCUGUCUUUCUGUCUGCCUGCCUGUCUGACUCUCACUGUCUGCAUGUCUGUCUCUCUCUCGCUGUCUGCCUGUCUGUCUCUCUGCCUGUCUGUCUCUUUGUCUGCCUCUUUUUCUGUCUGCCUACCUGUCUGUCUCUCUCUCUCUUUCUGUCUGCAUGUCUGUUUGCCUGCCUGUCUCUUUCUCUCUGUCUGUCUGCCUGUCUGUCUCUCUGUCUGCAUGUCUGUAUGUCUCCCUGUCUGCCUGUCUCUUUCUCUUUGUCUGUAUGUCUCUCUGUCUGCCUUAUUUUCUGUCUGCCUGCCUGUCUGUCUCUCUCUCUCUGUGUCUGCAUGUCUGCCUCUCUGUCUGUCUGUCUCUCUGUCUGCCUCUUUCUCUCUGUCUGUCUGCAUGUCUGCCUUUCUGUCCGUCUGUCUGCCUGUCUCCCUCUCUGUCUGUCUGCAUGUUUGCCUCUCUGUCCGUCUGUCUGCCUGCCUCUCAGUCUGUCUGCAUGUCUGCCUGGUGUAAAUGCAUGCAUGCAUCUGAGUUAUAUCAUCUCUUUGUGUGUUUUUUACCCAGAAGCUGCUUGAGUAGGAUUUUUUCUUCACCUGAGACACAAGAAUCUACAGAAUCUUUCAUACUUUAUCCUCAACACACUCAGAGGAGUGCACUAACAUGAUCACAUAACUUCAGCAACACCUCUGAUUGGCUAAAAUCACUAAGGUUAACACAUGCUCUCUCUCUCUCUCUCUCUCUCUCUCUCUCAUUAUUGUUUAAGGUUUAUUGUUAUGAACAUAAUGAAAGUCUUCUGGAUGAGGUGUGAAGCACCAUGACAUGCUUUGUGGUGUAUUUCCUGGUGAGAUUUUCUCGUUAUUGUCUCUCUCCCGAUCCUCCCUCCACAGACUGAGACGCAGAACAGGAAGUGGGAGGCAGGACAGCAGCAGCUGACACAGAGUAAUUUUGCUGCUCGGUGUCAAAGGAUUGAUCCUGGACGUUUGCACCUGCGUGUGUAUUAUUGCCUGACUUGGCAAAGCUGACUAGAGAGCGUGAAAGUAAUCUUUUUAAUGAGACCUUCCUGAUUGGGUUCAACACAAAUGAAACUAGUAGGCUGGGUGCAGGUAGAAGUGUGAUUAACCCAGAUGCAGGUGUUUUGUAAGCGGAGCGACGCACCUGAACCACAUCCUCCUGCUUAUUUUAGCUUCGCCGCUACAAACCAGCCUGGCUCUUCACACGCAACCCUCUACGGAGCCUCAUGUGACUCUCACUCACACUGAAACAGGUAGAUCAGCGUGAGGACAGGAUCCCUGAUGUACAUCACAGCUCGCUAGCAUUACAAGAGCUGGAUGGCUGUACAGCGUGACAGAGGCACCGACUGCUAUUGUCAUCCUCAGCUGCACAGUCAUGCAAUGUGGAAUUUCCUGUCAGAUGGCCAUUGUAGCGUAAAGAACCUGGAGUGUCAAAAGAAGCAGCUUGAGUCAUCUUUCACUACAGAGCCAAAAAGGGUACGCUUCAGCAAGAGCCGCCUGUCGUGCCAGAAGUGAGCAGGACUGAUUCGUUUUGCAAGCCUAUUAACAUAUCCAUUACAGGAAAUUGCAUCAUUAUCUUCCUUCCAUCGCAGGUGUAUAAAAUCGUUGAAAAAGCAAGCGCUUACAAGACAAAUGCAAAUUUCACCCAGAAACCAGAGUGCAAUAAAUAAAUCUGCGUUUCAACUUUGAAAGCCGAUCUUCAUGUGUCAUCCAUCAGCGUCGCUUCUUUACCUUUCCCUUCCUGUCAUUCUUUUCCCCCUGACCCGCUCUCAUGUUUCUUUUCAUCUUUGCUUUCUCUUCCUCUCUUCCUUCCUUCGCCCACACAGCUGCCCCUGGGCCUGUGACACCAAAAAUAACGGAAAAGAGAAGAAAUCUCUGUAGGUCAAGUACUGUUUAGUUAAUUAAAGGGGUUUGGAGAAGCGAGAUGAGGGAGAUCUGGCUUCGUCUGAGAGACGCCACUGCGAAAUCUUGCAACAUACUUCGCUUAGUUGUAAUCCUUAUUUCAUUUUACAAGCUGGUGAAGGACAGCCUUCCUCUUACAUAAGCAAUCAUCUCAGUGUCUUAGCAAAAUCCACCUCUUUUUUUCUCUUAUUUCUUUCCUUUAGCUCAAUAUCAAUAGUUGUGCUAAUAAUAUUCAUCAAAAUAUACUAACCUUCUCGCUAAUUACCGGUUUAUAUAUAUGACUGCUAAUUAGCCACGCCUAGAAAAAGAUCUGAAUCAUUGGACGUGCCCAACUCACCCAGGGAGAUAUCAUGACAAUUCCUGCUUUGUCUGACAUUCAGUCAGCUUUGCAGAAUCACGCCCAUUGUUCUUGCAGUAUUUAUUCUGCAGUUAGAUGAGGAUGGUGCUUUAGUGUAAAAAUUUGCAUUUGCAUGCCGUGGCCCGUGACUAAUCUUGCACCUGGGAGUGAGAUAAUUGCAUGCACAGUCAUUGUCCCCUUGAGGCCACCUGAAGGCUAAGAAUCAGAACGGACGUAACAAGUGAUACCAGCUUUAAACAGAUUCAGACCUGCUGCCCUGGAGAGCUGACACAGACCAAGGUGAAGACCAGCUCCUGCUCCUGGACACAGGAUCACUCCGUCCUCUUCUUCUACCACCCUGAAUGGAUCCAUUCAGAACAAUUCCACAGGUUAAAUAAACAGGCUUAGACUUAGACUAGAGAGAGAGAAAGAGAGAGAGAGGAAGCAAAACAGGUGCUGAUUUUAAUUCUAAAGUGUGUUUCAAUGGGAAAUGGAAAAAUUCACACAAUCCUGACAUCUGGAAACAAAUUCUUUCAUCUGUUAAGAACGAAUUUUUUUGCCGAUCUCUUGCCGAUCAUCCCGUGAAGCAUACUGGUGGUAGCAUCAUGGUGAGAGUUCCGCUUUAUCUCUUAGUAUUUUUAUUUAAAUAAUAGGUUCGGUGGGAUGUUAAAUGUUUUUAAAAAAAAUAUAUACCUGAAUCGUGAUUAAAUCCUUUUGCAGAACUGUGUCCUGGAAGUGAUUUGGUAAGUGUGUGUACAGGUGUGUUUUCAGGUCUUCCAGAACCAGGUGUAUAAACUGCACUGACACGUGACACUUUAAUUACACACAUUUCAAUUCCAUUCAACUAUUAUAUGACUUCUGAGGGCAACUGGUUGCACUAGAACAAGUGGGGGGGUUGAAUACUUGUGCAGUAACUACUUAGAACUUUCUUCACUGGUAAAUAAAUGUGCUAAUCAAAUUCAUUUUCAAUAUUUUGGACGAUUUUUGAUGUAUUGUCCAAGUUUCAGUUACAGGAUAUAAUAUAAAAAUGUAGAAAGCCAUAGUAUCGACAACAAUGGGCACAUGAGCAUCAGAACUGGACCACGGAGCAAUGGAAGAAGGUGGCCUGGUCUGAUUAAUCAUGUUUAUUUUACAUCACGUUUCUUACCUGUGGAACACAUGGCACCAGGAUGCACUAUGGGAAGAAGGCGAGCCGGUGGAGGCAGGGUCAUGCUUUAGGCAAUGUUCUGCUGGGAAACCUACCUAAGCACUGUUCCACACCAUGUACACCCUUUCAUGGAAACUGAUGGUAUUCCCCGAAGGCUGUGGCCUCUUUCAGCAGGAUAGUGCGCCGUGCCACAAAACAAAAAUGGUUCAGGAAUGGUUUGAUGACCAGUUUGAGGUGUUGACUCCACCUCCAAAUUCCCCAGAUCUCAAUCCAAUCCAGAAUCUGUGUGAUGUGCUGGACAAACAAGUCUGAUCCAUGGAGGCCCCACCUCACAACUUAGAGGACUUAAAGGAUCUGCUGCUGACAUCUUGGAGCAUCUCCAGAUACCACAGCACACCUUCAGGGAUCUAGUGGAGUUCAUGCCUCGACGGGUCUGGGCUGUUUUGGCAGCAAAAAGGGGCACCGACACAAUAUUAGGCAGGUGGUCAUAAUGUUAUGGCUGAUCGGUGUGUAUCAGUCAGUAAGGAGACGUCAAUUAAACAAACUGUUAUUAACAAAAUGUGCCUAUUAAUAAUAUUUGACUACUUUUGUUUGCUUAAGGGAAA